AGUCACAUUACGCAUCGCUAUCGUUUUUUUCGCUUUCGUAUUGCGCAUCAGUUGAGCAUAUGCGCGCGCAUUCGUAUCUUCUUUUGCUUUUGCUCAUCAGUGUUUGUUCAGUUGUGCGCACAGGGUUCUAAAUGCGUAGCCUAACGCAUCUUUAAUAACCAAGCACCAAAAAGCUCGCGUACUAGAAAGUAAUUUGAUAGUGCUUAUUUUAUUUGUGAUACUGAAUUCAUUUCGGGUUGGUCAUCUGCUUAUAAUCGCAAUUUUUCAAUCAUUUUUGGUUUAUGAUGUGCUUCAUUAAUGAAAAGUGCUACGUGUUGAUUUCAUUGCUUCGUCUUUGCGUUGUGAAUAUUGUUUAUAGUAAUAUUCGAAAAACCUUCGCGUAUCAUUUCGAUUUUUGAUAUUUUUGGCAAAUUAUAUGAUUGUGGGUUGAAAACCAAGUAGAAAUUAGAAGCGAUAAUGGCGGAUGGCCGAAGUAAAUUCUGGUGAUAUUGAUUUUAAUCAAGUGCCAGAAGUAUAUGUUCAUAACCGCAGACUCCUUUAUAAUAAUCAAAAAGUUACUCAAAUUUUUGAAAAAUUGCCAAAAAGUGAUGAAAUGUUUGUAAACAAAUUGAAGAAUCUAGACACAUUUCCAGCGCGAAAAAAAUCCAUGUUAAAAUUACUGUAAAUCAUGAAAACUUUUUGGUAUUUUGGAAAGUUGAGCAAUACAUCGCAAAAAUUGUUUGAAGAGUGUUGUUGGAGUGUCCUACAAAACCGUUGAAAAUAUCUUAGAGAGUUGUUAUGACAUCUCAAGACUUGGUUCAUCGAAAUCUUAUCAAAUGGGAAUGAAAAUCCGCUAAAAUAACAUGAUAUCAUUGAACACUGUAAAAUUACUGAAAAGUAUCAUAAAAUGAUCAACUUCAAGUUAGACUCUGCGAAAAAUUGUAAAAAUUUCUAAAAUGUUUGUUUCAAUAUUUCGAAAAUGAUGAAAAUUGGUGAUCAAAUUUAUGAAAAUUGAAGAGAUUAUGCAAAAGCUGUAAAAAGUGUCUGAACUGUGGCAAUAAAUGUAAAAAUCACGAAAAAUUAUUCAGAUGUAAUAAUGCAUGGGGUGAAGUUUUGUAAGGAAAUACAUGAGACCUAAAAAAGCAAUAAAGACCAUUCGGGGGGGGGGGAGUGAGACAGUGUGUCUGCGGAUUUUUUUUCUAGGUUUGUUAAGGUCGCUGGGGUCACUUGUUUGGAGAGUGCUCCAACUACACUCCUUUAAAAUGAAAAAAAAAAAAAAAAAACAAUAAAGAGUCAGUAUAAUAAAUCAAAACAACUGAUGAAACUAUGGAAAAACUUAUUCAGAUUUUGUAAUGAAAAUUCGUCAGAAUACCAUAAAAAUCGUUGAAAAAAAAACAUAUUUACCAAUCUUAAAGAAAAUCGUUUGAGAAUUUGAAUCUGGAUGAAAUUUUGCAAUAAAAUACGUAGGCUAAAAAAAAAACCAAAAUCUUUACAAAGUCCCUGAAAAAUCACCAAAACUUGAUCAAAAAUCGUUGAAUAAUUUGUUGACGAUGUUCUGAAAACUGUUGAAUAUGAGUAAAUCAUGAUGUAAGAUCUUGAAACUUCAGCAUAAACACGAAAAAAAAUACCAAGUUGACCAAAAAAUUUCUUGAAAAUUUGUGAUGAAAUACUCUAAAAACCAUAAUGGAAUAUUAUGUCUAAAAAGGUAAAUGUAACGUCUUGAAACUUUGGAAAAAUUACAAAAAAAAAUUGAAAUCAUGCAGAAUUUGCAAAAAAAAAUCCUGAAAAUAACACAAACUGUGUUUAUCUUGAAAAACUAAGAAGGAAAAAAAAUCGCUGAAAUACACCAUAAAUUAAUUAAAUCUGAAUGAAAUUGAGCAAUACAUUGUGUGUACAAAUUGCUGCGUUUUGGUAAAAUUCAAGCAAAGCCUUCGAAAAAUGUCUGAAAUUUGGCAAAAAAAUAAAUAAAAACUGAUGAAACAUUUUAUAUUUCAUGACAAUGCACAAAGUUGGAAAAAACAAUGAAAUACCUAUUCUUUGAAAUCGCCGAAAAUAAUGAUCUAAUGUUGGAAAAGUUUAGAAAUGCAUUGUAAAAAAUUGCUCAAAAAUAGAAAAUGUAUCAAGAGUUGAUAUUUCAACAUCUCAGAAUUUCGACAAAUUCCCCAAAAAAAUAUUAUCCCCCCCCCCUUCUCCUACCCACCCAAAAAUUUCAAAAUUAUGAAAAUCUCGUCACAAUUUUAUCGAAUAGAAAUCAGAUUUCGUAAAGAUGACUUCGAAUAUUUUUUUUAAAAACAUGAAAUUUGAGUAAAAAUUGACCGAAAAUUAUGUGAUAGAAGCUGGCACCUAGCGUGCAAUUUGCGAGUCUGAAAUUGCAUCACAGAUCAAUGACACGUUACCUGUGGGUGAAAAAUUGCGCUAGGAGGUGUCAGAUAUUAUGAAAUACCCGGUAGUUGCACGUUUAGUCGAACCUCAGUAUCCAUUUGACAAAAUAUAAUGACGAUAAUGAUGCGUAAAAAUUAUGCUAUGUUACACGAAUCUUCAAGUGUACCUAAUACCUACUUACACAGUAGGACUUACGAGUCAAUUGUGCACUUCAGUUAUUGCUUAUGCAUUCCGCAAUUUGGUUUCGCAAUGAUGAAGAAUGCAUUCACAAACUGGCACGAAUUUCUGAGUUAUUGGUUAGAGCUUACUCGUAGGCAGCUUACUCAUUGGUUAUAGGCUUUCAACUUGACGAUGCAGUGUAAUAUGAAAUGCAAUCAGACGAAUAAUGUCGAUAUUUUUGUAUUCGUUAAUUUUCAGCUAAUAGGAAUUAUCCUUACAGCGCUACUAUUUACUUAUGCACAAGUUUAUGGAGAUGAUAGCGGGUAUGGAGGUUUCAGCAGUGGAAAUGCUGCAGAGGUAGCCCCGUACACGCAUUACAGCGGUAGUCAUCAUCACGGAGGACAUCACCACCAUGGCGGUGGAGGUGGCGGUGGAGGUGGAGGUCACGGCGGCGAACACAUCCAUAAGGGCGAAGUUCUGCACAGACACAUACACGAGGGCCGAGUCGACCAUAUUCACAAACACGUAGGCCACGCCGAACACGACCAUAAACACGAGGGACACGCCGGCCACGAUCACAAGCACAGCGGUCACGCUGCCCACGACCAUAAACACGCCGGUCACGCUGCCCACGAUCACAAGCACGCUGGACACGGCGAGCACUACCAUUCGCAUCACGGUCAGGCAGAGCACGGCCACAAGCACGUCGGCUCAGCGGCGCAUUCUCAUAAACAUCACGGAGCGGCCGAGCAUGCGCAUAAGCACAUCGGCCACGGCGAUCAUUCGCAUUCGCACGGCGGCCAUGCCGAGCACGACCAUAAACAUAUCGGGCACGCCGAGCACUCUCAUAAGCACGCCGGUCAUGGCCAACAUUCGCACAAACAUCACGGCUCAGCCGGCCAUUCACAUAAGCAUUUGGGCCAUGCGCAGCACUCGCAUGCGCACGGCGGCCACGCCGAUCAUGCGCACAAACACGAGGGAUACGCGCAUCACGGACACAGCCAUCAGGGUAAAUUCGGUCACGGGCACGAACACCACGGACAUGCCGGACACCAGCAUCAGCAUUCCGGGCAUGCGGCCCAUGGUCAUAAACAUACCGGACAUCAUACCCACGGCCAUAAGCACGGAGUAGUUGACCAUGGUCAUGGACACGGACAUGGAGGAGGACACGGCCAUCAUUACACUCAUGGAGGUUAUACCGCCACUGCCGGAUACCUUGUUAAGAGAAACGAUGAUGAGAAGAAGAGCGCAGCAGCUGUAGCCGGGCCUGCGCCGAUUACCGCAUCAGCGUCUCCUGCCACUGACGGUCUGGGCAGAUAUUACGAAACCUAUUCCGGCGAUCCGGCUGAACCAUUCGCCAUCGAAGAGUACAUACCCAAGUCGGAAGUUGCCGAUUAUGGUACCGCUACGUAGAACGUGAUGCACUAUACCCAAACCCUAGACCAAUCCUACCCGUCCAUUUAUCGUCCUCGUCUAGAUAGUCUUUUCGCAGGCCUGCGACAGUGGAUACCAAAAAAUUGGAAUCAGCAGUCGAAAAAAUAUAGUAUAAUCUCAUAUAAUGAUAAGAUGUGUAUUUUGUACCUGUGUCUAUUUAGGCCUAUUUGCCAUUUGAACGCAGUAUUUUCCUUUUACGACUUACUCUUUCGCUGGUCUUGUAUCACUCGCUGGUCGUUGGCCUCCCUGGCCAUCUUAUUGUACGUUUAUGCACCUACAAAAUGUGCACGAGAGCAAAUUACUGUAUUCAUUACAAUCAAAAAUACGUGCAUAGGUACUUGUGUAAAUAAUGAACCCCGUAUACCUCAUAUUCGCUUCGCGAAACCUGGCGCGAAAAUCUUCCCUCUCCCCCUCGCUCUAUCAUGAGCUCAGAUAUACAAUGCACACAAAUCCACGAACCACUUCUGCUCUUCACCGCAUCAAGGAUUCAAUUUUAUACGACUUUUAGACUGAUCGCGAAAUAACGUACUAGUCAUGAUGUAAUAAAGUUUAUGAGAAAAAAUUAUCGUGUAUAUUUAUAACAAGGUAUGCGUAUGUGUAUCGUACGUGUAUCCCAAUAGGUGUAAUAUGUAACUUGGUUCAAUGUAACAACGUAUGCGUGUAAGCUAUAAUCUAAUUUUCUGCAGUGUGAAAAGGUAAUACUCGUUUUCAUUCAUGCUUGGGAAAAUGAAUAUACAUAUUUGUUGAGUUGUCUAUUAGAUCAAGUUUACAUAUUAUCGAUGAAAACUUCCGAAUGUUUCGAUGCAAACAUGUUAUUUGAUAUUCGUGAAAAUAUGGCGAUACUGUACUUACGCAUGCAUACCGUAGUUACGUUUAGUACAUAUUAUGUGUACGUGUAUUACGUUUAGCCUAAUACAUUCAUAAGUAAGUGA